AUGGCACUAGAAUCCCAACCUUCUGGUGUCAUAUUUUGGGUCGCUUGCAAUACUACGGUGACUGCGGGGACGAUAUCUUUCAUUCACAAAAUUCUGAGUAUCCUGCAGAGAAUUGCACACUCUCAGAAUGAGAAGUCGAGAAUUGCCGAAGAGGUUGAAAUAUCGGACCUUUGUAUUGAAUUCAACCUUAAACGGAUUAAGACAUAUCAAACGAGGUUGCAACCACCCCUGAAGAAGUGUUUGAAAGCUCUAGGGACCUCGAGGAAAUUGGCAGAUAAGCCACUGGCAGAUUGGCUCCGAUCCUUUCAAGGAUUUGACGACGAUUUGACUGGCUUAUGCCGGUUCUCAUACCAACAGAGAUCGUCCCCAUACAUACGAGAGCUUCGACAGCACAUCGGCGAUGAGAUUUCUGGCAUGACCAAAGACGAAUCUAGAAAACAAGAUUUUCUUCUGGCCCGUCACUAUAUUGGGCGUCUCGGAUCUCAUCUGAAGGCCGCGAAGAUUCUUACUGCAGCAGGUUGGAGAAUGCCGGAGCUUUUCGACAAUUUCGACAUCAGAAUUAGACCUUCACCGAAGGCGCCUUCAUUCCCUCCUCCAACGGAUGGCCUAACGACAUUAGAAGGAAUCAUCAAGAGAAUGCUACCAGCUCAGUCGAAUGAGAUCGAACGGUACCAAGAAGCCCUCGCAGUCAUGGACAAUAAAUUCCAGAUUCUGGACCGUCUUCAGGCUCAAUUCACAGAUAAAGAUUUCAAACCAAGAGUCCAUGCAGAGCUAAAUUUACUAGAGUACCUCUACAACAAUCGUAUACCCUUCGUAGGUGAUGACAGAUUUAUUGGGUGUAGCAAACCAGCGUGCUACUGUUGCUAUCACUAUAUCAGUCUUCAUCCCGGUGGCUUUGUGCGUCCUUCGUCACAUGGAAUCAGAUAUCUCAAUUGGCGUCUUCCAGAUCCGAUUGAUGAUACAAAUUUAGAGGAGGAAAGGCAUCGACGGGUCAUUUUGAAUAAGCUGAUUGCACAAAUUAGACUUGACGCUCUCCGGCAAAUUGAUCAAUGUAGAGGACCAAGCCCUUGGCACCCAGACUCCACCACAGGGAUUACUAACUCCUUCAAUCACAAUGGAGGACAAAUCGGCUUCAGAGUCCAUAUGUCAACUAAACCCGUGGAAGAGUUGACAAGUGAGACCUUGGGAGACUAUGAACAACAGAGCGAGAGCUUGGCUGCAACUGAGUCAAUUCUAUCAGACUCGUUACACGAGGACGAAAGUUCAGACUCCGAUGGUGGUGUACAACUUCAUGUGGACUUCUAG